AUGGAUUCCAAUUCAUAUACUCCGACGUCAAACUUUGUUGACCUUCUUCAAAGUCAGCAACACACUGUCUUUGGUUAUGUUCAAGACAGUGUCGAGCUCUGUUCCUCACAAGUCCCUCUGUUUUUCACUCAACCCACGAAAGCUUCAAUUCCAAGUCAAGACACUCCUGCAGAGCGUAUUCAAAGGAGGAAGUGGACGCCUAUUGAUGAUGUUGUCCUCAUCAGCGCCUGGCUAAACACAAGUAAAGACCCUUUUGUUGGGAAUGAGCAAAGAGCUGGUGCUUUCUGGAAAAGAAUAGCUGCGUACUUUGCGGCAAGUCCCAAGGUGGCAGCUUGUGAACAGAGAGAGGCUAGUCAUUGUAGUGCUAAAAGGAGAAAGUGUGAUGACAGUGCACAAUCUUCAACCUCUCACGCAACCGAAACCACCACUGGUGAGAACGAGGAAGGAACCAUUCGUCCACCGGGUGUCAAGGCCUCAAAGGGCCAUGGUAAGAAGAAGAUGGCAUGA